CCGUUUCAGGACGGUAGAGGAAAUAUGAAUGUGUAUUCGGUGGGCUAAGUUAGUGCGGGAUGUAUUGUUUUCAGCUAUACAUUUUAACUAUUUUACAGUUAGGUGUUUAUGCCAGUCAGAGUCCACACAUAGUUUUUAUAGUCGCGGACGAUCUUGGUUGGAAUGAUGUUGGUUUCCGAAACCCAGCUAUAAAAACCCCAAACAUUAAUCGCCUGGCAAAUAAUGGAGUUGUUCUCAACCAGUCUUAUGUGCAGCCAUGGUGUAGUCCAUCAAGAAGUGCAUUUCUAACUGGAUAUUACCCAUUUCACAAUGGACUUCAGCAUGGUGUGAUACAUGAUACACAGCCCUAUGGUCUUCCUCUGAACAGAACCACACUGCCACAGCACCUGCAGGCACUGGGAUACAGGACAAGUAUGAUUGGAAAGUGGCAUCUUGGUUUUUGUAACUGGAGCUAUACUCCUACAUCCAGGGGGUUUGACCAUUUCUACGGUUACUACAGCGGAGCAGAGGAUUAUUUCACUCAUGUUCAAGGUCGUGAAGGACAUGUCCAUGGCUUAGAUUUCAGAGACGACAGAGAUGCAGUAUGGGACCAACAAGGAAUUUAUUCAACUUAUUCCUAUAGUAAAAGAGUUACUGAGGUGAUCAUAAAGCACAAUCAGUCCCACCCUCUGUUUCUGUACAUGGCAUUCCAGUCCACACAUUCUCCUCUACAGGUGCCAAAAGUUUAUGAAAACAUGUACAGAAACAUCAACAAUCAAUCCAGAAGGAUAUUUUCUGGUAUGGCAACAGCAAUGGAUGACACCAUUGGCAAUAUAACUGCAGCAUUAGAGAAAUCUGGAAUGAUGAAUGACACAGUCAUUAUAUUCACAACAGAUAAUGGUGGACCAGUCAUCCAUGGAGCUAACAACUGGCCACUGAGGGGUGCUAAGACCACUAUAUGGGAAGGAGGCACGAGGGGCAGUGCUUUCAUUCAUGGUCAGAGACUGAAGAAAACACAGUAUGUCAACAAUGAACUGAUCCAUGCUGUGGACUGGCUGCCAACCAUUGUGGCCAUGGCAGGAGGCACAGCAGCCAAGUUAGACUCAGAUUUGGAUGGAGUGAACCAGUGGCCCACUGUGAAUACAGGCUCCCCUUCUGCCAGGAAUGAAUUUGUAUACAACAUAGAUGAUGUUAAGAGAAAUGGUGCAAUAAGGGUGGGUGAUUAUAAACUCAUUGUGGGUAAUCCUGGUAAAUUUAGUGAUUGGUACCCUGCCCCAUCAUCUACAGGCAAUGUCAACAAUACCGUGACAGGAGGAGAAUAUUUCAGAAAUAUUGAUUGGAUAUAUUCAGAAGAUGAAGACAACGAGAUAGAAGAUUUUGAGCGUCCUUUAAAAAGGCAACUUUUCAAUAUUAGGGAUGACCCAACUGAGCACCACGACCUGUCAGCCUCCAUGCCUGCCAUGGUGGAACAGCUGUACCAGAGACUUCAGGCUUACAACAGGACUCUGGUCCCAGCUCUAGAUCCCCCACCUAACCCCAGGUCAAACCCAAAAUACUGGGCCGGGGUCUGGUCUCCUGGGUGGUGCUAAUGUAGUGCUUCUUUAGGUGCAAACUGACUUCUUUUUAUAUAUUUAUCAUGUGUAAAACUAAUUAACUUAUGUCUGUCGGUCUGUCCAUCUUUCUUUUUGUCAAAAUAGUCUCUAAGAGUAUUUUGUUGAAAUGCAAGUGUGACCCCUAGUUCUACCUUCAGACCAAAUUGUUUCCUACUCUAGUUCAACUAUAGCAUAUUGCUCAGUUUUACAUUCUCUGUAGCUUUUAAAGAUCAAAGAAAUCCUCUUUGAAUCCUGUUAAGAAUCUCGAACUAAAACUACUUUUAUAUGGUUAAAAUUGAACCUCAUUCUAGAAUUUUCUUUUAAACACGUUUUGUCAUUCAUAUUUAAUACUUUCAAAUUUUGUAUUAUUGCAUAAUACAAUACCAUGCAAAUACCAGAGCUGUGUUAUACUAGAUUUUUAAUAAAUUUAAAAAGUUUUGAGAACAUACUUUUUCAUUUUUGGAAAGUUCCAAGAAGACAACCCUUCUCACCACCAAGGGGCAUUUGAUACUUCAACUGUUGAUCUUGAGUAUUGAUUGCGAAACAAGAAAAGUUACAAAAACUAUACCUUUAUUAUAAGUACAAUAGAAGCAAAUAUGAAAUGUGAUUACAAUGGAAAUAUGACAAUAUGGCUAUAAGAAAUAAAUGACCAUGUAUAAUGUG